AUGCCCCAGCUCGGCGGCGGCGGCGGCGGGGGUAGUGGCGGCGGAGCAGGAGCCGGAGCCGGAGCAGGAGGGGGCGGCGGCGGCGGCGGGACCGGCGGCGGCGGGACCAGCGGCGGCGAUGACCUCGGGGCCAACGACGAGCUCAUCACCUUCCAGGACGAGGGCAGCGAGGAGCAGGAGCCGAGCAGCGACAGCGCCUCGGCCCAGCGGGACCUAGACGAGGUCAAGUCCUCGCUGGUCAACGAGUCGGAGAACCAGAGCAGCAGCUCGGACUCCGAGGCGGAGCGGCGCCCGCAGCCCCCCCGGGACCCUUUCCAGAAGCCGCGGGAAUACUUCGCUGAAGUGAGGAGGCCCCAGGAUGGAACUUUCUUUAAGGGACCUCCUUACCCCGGCUACCCCUUCCUGAUGAUCCCGGAUCUGAGCAGCCCCUACCUCCCCAACGGACCCCUGUCCCCCAGCGGCGCCCGCACGUACCUGCAGAUGAAAUGGCCCCUCAUCGAUGUCCCAUCGAGCACCACAGUGAAGGACACGAGGUCGCCGUCCCCUGCACACUUGUCCAACAAGGUUCCUGUGGUUCAGCACCCUCACCAUAUGCACCCACUGACUCCCCUCAUCACCUACAGCAACGACCACUUUUCCCCGGGCUCCCCACCUGCACACCUCUCCCCAGAGAUCGAUCCAAAGACAGGAAUCCCCAGGCCACCUCACCCGGCUGAGCUGUCGCCUUAUUAUCCGCUGUCUCCUGGAACUGUCGGUCAGAUCCCCCAUCCAUUGGGCUGGCUCGUCCCACAGCAAGGGCAGCCAAUGUACUCCAUCCCUCCCGGCAGCUUCCGGCACCCGUACCCAGCCCUUGCCAUGAAUGCCUCAGUGUCCAGUUUGGUUUCCAGUAGAUUCUCCCCACAUAUGGUGGCCCCUUCCCACCAUGGUCUGCCCACAUCAGGGAUCCCUCAUCCAGCCAUCGUAUCACCCAUCGUCAAACAGGAACCCACACCCCCCACCAUGAGCCCAUCUGUGAGCGCGAAAUCCCCAGUGACGGUGAAAAAGGAAGAAGAAAAGAAGCCCCACGUGAAGAAGCCUCUUAAUGCCUUCAUGUUGUAUAUGAAGGAGAUGAGGGCCAAGGUGGUCGCUGAGUGUACGCUGAAAGAGAGCGCAGCCAUCAACCAGAUCCUGGGAAGAAGGUGGCAUUCACUCUCGAGGGAAGAACAGGCCAAGUACUAUGAGCUGGCCCGAAAAGAGAGGCAGCUUCACUCCCAGCUCUAUCCCACCUGGUCAGCACGGGACAACUACGGCAAGAAGAAGAAGAGAAAACGUGAGAAGCAGCUGUCACAGCCUCCACCACAGCCACAGCCACAAGUUCAAGAGGCUGAGAGUGCCCUGACCUCCAGGAACAAGAAGCCGUGUCUACACUACCCACCACCUGAGAAGCCUUGUGACAGCCCUGCCUCCUCCCAUGGGAGCAUGCUGGACUCUCCAGCCACCCCUUCCGCUGCCCUGGCCUCGCCAGCUGCCCCGGCAGCCACUCACUCGGAGCAAGCCCAGCCCCUCUCCCUCACCACCAAACCAGAGGCCCGGGCCCAGUUGGCCCUUCACUCGGCCACCUUCCUCUCUGCCAAGGCGGCUGCAGCCACCUCCUCUAGCCCCCUGGGCAGCCAGCCUCCUCUCCUCUCCCGGCCCCUCCCCCUCAGUUCUGUGCCCACAGCUCUAUUGACUUCGCCCCCUUCUUUCCAGGCUCCCCUCCAUGCCCACCAGGCCCUGCCUGGGCUGCAGGCCCAGCCUCUUUCCUUGGUUACCAAAUCUGCUCACUAAAGCCAACCCUGCCCCAUCCCCUCCUUGCUGCCAAGGGGCUCCUCCAGAAGUAGCAAUUCAGAAAAAAUCAAAAGGAAACUUUAUUGGUCAAUAUUUGACCACUCUGGACUGUUCUGUAAAGUGUCUGGUAACAGCAGUACUUUACACUUUGUAGAUGUAAACGGUAGCUGAUUUCAAGAGCUUUUUUUUUUUAAAUAAAAAAAAUUAAAAAUUAAAAAAAAAAAGAAGACAAGGAAAAAACCCCUGAAGAGUAGUUUGUUACCUUCUCUGUGCUAUGGUGGACUGACCUGUGCAGAAGAGACAUUUCUCUUCCCCCCAGUCCCACCCCUCCUCAGCCUCUAUCCCUGCCUCUUCUCUCUGGUCUGCAUGUCUGUAAUCCCUGGGAUUCCCUACUUGGCACCUCUUCUUGUUCCUCCCACCCCUAGGUAUUCAUCCCUCCCUGGCCUCAGCUCUCAGUAUCCAACAUGCCUCAUGUCACUUCCCACCCCAGCCUUGGUCCUCUGCCUGGUGCUAAGCCGUCCACCGAGAAGCUGUCUUCUGUUGACUCCACUAGCCUCCCCCAUUCUCAGUGGGAUUAUCUGCCUGCUCCCGCCCCUGCCCUGCCACCUCCUUUCUUCCUCUAUCCCCAGACUCAAGGCCUAUGACAUGACUCUCUCUUCUGUCCUCUGACAAGAGGGCUCCUUUGGAGCAGUUUGGCCCUAACCCUCAAUAUCUGGAGGUAUACCAGAUGUGAGCCACCUUUUCCACAAAGAUGUCUGUAUUUUCUUUGUCUCCAUGACGCAUCCAAACCACCUCCUCACGGAACCUGGGGAGAGGAUUGGACCCCAAGGCCUCACCCUUGGCAAGGGCUGGGUUAACAUAGUCUGCCAAAGUUCUGAGACCCUCCUUCUCACCUCCCCAUCCCCCACCAUGCUUCUUUUUGUGCGUAUUCCUGUUUUGUUUUUAUGUCUUUGGAGCAAUUUGAACUCCCCGUUGUCACAUUAUUUUCACAAAAGAAAAUAAAAUUGCAGUUGCAAGAUCC